AUUUCCCUGGUCGUUCUGUAGUACUCGCAUUAGAAUCAUAUUACUCAACAGUGCCACUACGGCUUGCGCAACGUUAAUGCUCCGAAUGGCGAAACCUCAUUGAUCAAAUCUGAACCACGAAGCGAAGUCACCGUGAUUGGACUUCCUUGUCAUUCUGGCGCCUACUACUUACAAAUAAAAAUUACAAAUCCGUAAAGAACUGCUUAUGGAGUCUAUGGACUUGUUGGACUAUUAUUACUGCUUAUAAUAUGCUGUGCAAGUUGCAGCCAGCGUGUCAUUAGUUUUUUUCGCUGUGCUGCGAACAUACUUUGCCUGGAGUCGAUGUUUUGGCAGGAUCCUGAUUCGUAUCGUUGGCUGAUGGCAGAGAUCCGUCUUUCGAUUCUCCACUGACAGAUCCCUCCUUCCGCUCACCAUUUUUAUUCUGCUCUGGCGAAGCACCCACAAUUUCCUUUGAAGUAUCGGUUAAUCCCUGCGAUGGUUUGUGGUUAUCCAAAUUGUCAUGAGAAAUGGGUUCGCUGGUGCUCCCUGCUGGCUUGCCAUCGAACUUCUCUGAUAGACCGUUUCAGCACAAAACACAGACUUCAGCAACCUCGAAAAGAGCAAAUUUUUCAGGAACCUUCUUACCUCCUGCAACGGCCUGUGUUUCCAUUCUAACGGAUCCCAACAGAAUAAUAAAAACAGAUAUCGCAGGCUUAAAAAAGCUCCAAUUAAUAAAUCAAAAUAAAAAAUGGUACCAGUAGUGAAAAUUUGUCGAAAAAUAGUGGUUUUUCUGACACAAUACGAUAAAACACUGUGUUACAAAUUAACAAAUUCGAAAAGUGCAGAGCGAACCUACAACGCACGGAAAUUUCUAAUUUUUCAGCCCGGUGGCUAACAGUCAGAGUUUGUGUACGCGGCAGUGGUUAUGACGCUGCACACCACAAAGCGGAAAAGCGCCGACCGAACAUCCGUUUACGCUCACUUUUUCCACACAGGUUUAACAGACAAAGUAUCCGCAGUAAUUCUCGCUUCGUUGAAUGCGUAUUAAAUUGAUCCUAUUAAAAAUAAAUAAACCUAGCUGAAAUCUGAACCAAAUUUUACGAAGAAUGAGAAAGAAGUCCAGAAAAUAAACCCGAAAGGCAGAAACACCAGAAUUAGCGUAUCCGGCCAUUAUGGUUAGGGGCGACUGCACUUGGGUAAGGGCUGUUAACCCUUCGGAAGUGUGCUCCGCCUCCCUAGGGCGAAACAUGGUAAAAAAAUUCGAAAAAACUGAAAAAAUUAAAGUUACUGUUAUGAUAAAACAGAUGCUAUCCCAUGCACAUUUAAUUAAUAUCAUUCCGCUUCGGCUUCUGUACAGAUUUAAUUUAGUGAAAGAGGGUUUUGUCAUAAUUUUUGUGAGGAUGAACUGUUAUGAUAUUAACAGUUGGCACUGGCAGUAAACUUGUGAAGCAGUGAGAUUGCAAAGCAUCAGAACUGCAGUUGCAAAUCUGCGGAAGCCUUCCAUGAUGUCGUCCGCUUCGGGACUUCGUGCAUGCUGCUUGAGUUCUCUUCGAGUUUUCUCACGGAAUAGCUUAGGAGUAAGACCGGUAUACCAUUCUGCAGCCCAGCGGUUAUAUGCAACCGAAACUUCGUCGGAGUCGAAGUCUGCCGAAGAUUCCAGCUCUCCCGGUAAUUCAAUCGAGAAAAUUUUCCUUGAUUUUCGCGUCCAGCAAACAUUGAAACGAUUAACGGGUCGCGAUGCUUCCAAAGUGUUUGCCACGCAGCCGGUGUUAAAGAAAAAAUUCGAGCAGAGCGAGAUUCGCCUGUUAACGGAUCAACAGCUGGAACAAGCAACCAAGCAGAAGAUGUCAGAAAUUCCGGCUCAUACACAGAUGCCGCCUGUUAUGGCGCCGCGUGAACCCGUCGAUCGAGUGAUCGUCGAAGAUGAACUGCUGCAAGAUUAUGACACUCAUCGCAAUGUCUUCGUAGACAUCACUUACGGAAUCAAACCCAGAGACCGAUAUAUUGUGGUACGGGAAUUAAAUGGGACACUGCGAACAGCAGCGUGGGAAGAGCGGGAUAGAAUGAACCAGAUCUAUUUUCCGGUGGAAGGCCGGGAACUGACAGUUCCGGCUAUGUUUUUGGAGGAGAACAUUCGGGACUCGUUGGAACGCGGUAUGGAGGAGUACAUCCUCGAUCGUGCCUGCGUGCAGUUCGAGCCGGAUGAUCCUCACUUUAUUCGUGUAUGCCAGACGGUGUAUGAUUAUAUCGACGAAAUGCGCAAUUAUUCCCUGCUGGAAUCGACGAGGCAUAUGGGCGGUUUCGUGUUUCAUUUGGCCCGCGAGCGACGUAUCGAUAACUAUUUAAUAUAUCUACUGCAAAAUGAAAGGCUGGAUAUGUGCCCGGAUGUGAUUCAACUUUGUCAUAUCGUUCAUUCCCAUGGAACUACCGACGAGUCAAUCUCGACGAUGGAGCCUAUCGAAACACUAAAGAGGUACAUCAAAGAAUCACCGGAUAAUAAAGGAAAUUUAGAGUUGGCCGUACAGGCGUACCAAGAAAAGCGCAGGCAGGAGCGAGUAGCGCAACGCAGUGAACGUCGUGGCCGCAGUUGAUGAACCUUCUUUUAUAGUUUGACCUUUAUGCAGUGUGAAUAGUGAAUACAAAACCUGCCGUGAUGGAUUACGUGCAUACGUUCAGUGUUUUGUACCGUUUUGGUGUUAUUGUGAAUAAAAUUCCG